AUGCAACAAGUGGGGUCUUGCAAAAAUAUUACAGAAGAAUACCUAUCUUCCUUGGGUCUCUUAGUAUUCCAGUCAUAUCAGCAAAACAGGUUCAGUGAACCUAUGCCAUGGAUUGGGGUCUAUAUCGCCUUAGCCUCUCUGUUUUGCAUCCUUGCAAUGGUGGCUGAUUUAUUACAUGGUUUGAGAAACAGACAACUAUGGUUUCCAUGUAAAUGUUUCACCAUGAAUGCUGCUUCUCUAACUGUGAUAGCGGUUGCAAUGAAGCUACCUGUUGAUCUAAAUAAUCAAAUGCCUGGCUACGUGGAUCAGGCUGCAAAGCUUGGAAGCAUGGGCUUUAUGUGCACCAUUAUGGCUAAUUUAUUGCCUUCUCUAGCAACCAUGGACAAAAAAGAACUCGUCUCAAACAUCAUAGCUUUAGGUAUUCUGGUAAUCACUUUGGUUGUGAAUGUUUGCAUUCAAAUAACCACAGGACUCCUCUCCUUUCAUGGAGAUGAGGCUGCUGAAACCUUUGGUCAGGUUCUUCUUUCAGGAACUUUUCCAGCAGGGGCAUAUCUAACAGCUCACCGCUUCAUACCAGCCAUUUAUGUGAGUGUGUUGCUCAUGUUGCUGAUUAUAUAUGCAUGUUCCUCUCUCGCAAUUCUCAAGUCCAAACAGAUUUUAGAAUCGAAAUACCAAGCAGCUCAUGAAACAAUUUUAAAGGAUAAAGAGCUGCUGCAACAACCAGGAAGAUUACUAACUGUUGAGAAACUAACACAGCAUGUGAGCAAUUACUGGAUCAUGGCAGGAACCGGAAGUCCCCAAUUCAUGACAGCUUGCUCUGCUACAACCUCUGCUUCUGGGGUAAUAUGUGCUUUUACUACAGUCCUACACAUUCUUAUUAUGGUUUCAAAUACUGGAUCCCUAAAGGACUUUCAGUCGGAUUACAAGUGGUCAAUGUUGGUGAUUCUUGUAAUACAAUUGAUCGGAACCAUACUUGGUACAAUUGCUCCACUUUGUAGAUGUUUUGCAGUUUUAAGCUUUAAGCUCUCUGUAAAAUGGAUUUGGAACCAUAUCAAUGUCUCUACAGUAGAGAGCUACUGGACUGAGAAGUUAUCUGACUGGAAACAAAGUAGCAUACCAUUCCCAUGUGGCAACCGCAAAUGCAAGAUUGUCAUUGAGAAUGUGAAAAUCCUGAUUCUCAACGUCUGUAUAGGAUUUCAAAAGACAGUUGUGGUAACAUGCAAAAUGAUAGCAGUGAUUCCACUUCUCUUUGUGAUAUGUGUCUUGUCUUGUUUCGGUUGUUGGAAGUGGUUAAAAGCCAUGUUUUUUAGCACCCCAAGUAUUGUGUUGGAAAAAAAUCCCGAGCAACUAGAUAAAGAUAAAGAUCUCAGCCGGUGUGUUUUGCAACUUCAAGACGACAUGGAGUUUCCUGAGAGAACAUUGAAAGGCAUUUUAAAAUCUGUGAACCGAUUGAUCCAAAAGGCUGUAAAACAACAACCCAACAAUCUUAUGAAGCUUUUAAAGGAAUCUAGAGGUUUUGAAGGGGUUGAAAAGUUUGACAGCCUUCUUGUUCCACCUUUACUAUCAAAACAAUAUCUCACUUGCUGGAGCUUAACAUUGGUAUCUUUGACAACCGUCGCCAUUUCUCUCCCAAACAUCCAAAACAACAUUGUUGAUUGCUUGUUGAGCAGUGUGAGUGAAGGUCUCGUGUAUGUCACACUUGUGGAAGAAACCCUUAACACUACCAAUGACCAUGUAACCAUUCAAAAAGCAGCUAAAACUUUAUGGCUACAAGUUGAAGUCUACCACAAAUGGUUAGGAAACAAGCUAACAAAACCUGAUCCUCAAGCAAAUACAGUAGGCCAGAUUCUUGGAUGGUUGAGAGAUACAGCUAAGAACAUUGUCACUGAUUUGGAAACAAUUGAUAUUGGAAGCCGCAAUAAUGAUAAGUCUAUAUGCAGGUUUAUUUCUGCCAAUUCAAUGUAUCAUAUCAUUGAAACAAUCAUGCUUUCCUACAAUGACAACAUUGACCUCGUUACCCAAGAGGAACUAUUUGCACAAUUAUUAUCUAUUAUUGGUGACAUAUUGGCUGCGUGUCUCACCAACUUACCCCAAGUCAUAGCUGUGAAAUGCCAUGCAAGUACCAUUGAGAAAAGGGAGACGAGUGUCCAUGUUGCAGCUCAACUUCUUGGUGAGACUAUGCAAAUAAUCAACACCCUUAAAGAUCGCCAACUUCCAAGCUUGAAUCUAGAUGAAUUGGCAUAUAUUGAAAAGUGGUGUGCUUAUUUUACGUCUCCCUUCCCUUAG